AUGCGUGCUUUCAUUGUCUUGUGUUUGGUUGCAGUUGCCAGUGCCGAUAAAUUGGGCUAUAAUUAUCAACCCGUGGGUCACUCUGACAGUGGUUUGUCCUUUGCACCUGGAAGUGGCAGCAUUGGCGGUGGCAGUGACAUCGGAGGUGGUAGUGGUAUUGGAGGUGGCAGCAUCGGCGGUGGUAGUGGCAUUGGAGGUGGUAACUUUGGCAGUGGCAGCAUUGGCGGUGGUAACUUCGGCAGUGGCAGCAUUGGCGGUGGCAACUUUGGCAGUGGCAGCAUUGGUGGCAGUGGAUUCGGUGGUUCCUCUUACGAUGCCGCACCAGCUGAAUUCGAAAAAGAGUUCUUCACCUUCUCUGCUCCCGAAAGCGAAUUCGAAGAUGCCAAUGCCGCCGAACGCAUUGCCAGCAGCGUUAAGCAAGGUCUCCGUGUAGUCUUCAUCAAGGGCCCCGAAAACAAGGGACUCGAAAAUGCAGCCCUUGCCUUGGCCAAACAAGCCUCCAACCAAAAGACCGCCAUCUAUGUCCUCAACAAACAAGCCGAUAUCGGAGAAUUGGCCAACAAACUCAAUACCAUCAACAGCAACAGCAACAACAAACCCGAGGUGCACUUUGUCAAAUAUCGUACCGCCGAAGAUGCUGCCAAUGCUCAGCGCGCCAUCCAAGGACAAUACGAUACGUUGGGAGGCAACUCCCAAAGCAUCAACGGUGGUGUUGCUCCUGUUCUCAACUUUGCUUCUCAGGCUGCCGUUCGCGGUGGCAACCCUCAGGCUCCCCAAAACGCUUAUUUGCCCUCAUCGGUGUUCCGUCGCCACUAA